AUGACUGACACUGCUACUGAGACUUCGCCUGCGACUGAGACUGGGACUCAGACUCAGACACAGACUCAAGAGACUGGUUCUGGUGCCGGUGGCUCGAUGACAACAACCACAGAUAUGGGUGCGGGAAUGGCAAGUGAAACUGGGAGUGGGACUGUGUCUAGUUCGGGGGGUUCUAUGGGGGCUGCGUCGUCAUCUUCCUCUUCAGCUACAUCCUCGCCUUCUGAUUCGGUUGGUGGUAUCUCCAGCCCAGGGGCUGGGGUCAUUCUGUCUCUCGCGGCAGGUUUCUUUGCUUCUUUCUUGAUUUGA